CGUUAUACUUGGUUCUUCAACCAAACAGUAACUAACUGGAAAAAAAAAGCCGUCGACGUGUACAUCCGUCGCUUUCAUUUUUCCUGCAUCAGCACCCACACCGCACAUAAUUAAGGACAAAGACCACGUAAUAUCCCCCCGAAACAAAUCCGCCCGUCCCCAACCGCGACCCAACUCAAAAGCAUCGCGCGGCUGGCGAUCGAUGGAGACCCGACCGGACGUUCGGAUGGGCCUGGGCACGCACGUCAGGUCGACGCUUUCCGAUGCCAUUGCCAUGAACCACGCCACCACACGACGGGCCCGAGCACAGCUGUUGUUCCUACUGCAUCUGCAUCCAUGGAGGCCGACGGAGCAGUCUGCCAGUCUCUUCUCCAUCGGUAGUCGGUAAGGAAGAUGGAGCGAGGUCAGAGGCGACAACGACGUGUGUACUGCAUGCCGGCUGCCGUUCGGGUCCCACAAUCUCGAAAAUUUAUAGCGGCCGGGGCGUGGAAUCUGAGCCCCGCGGCCGGCCAGGGCACCUCAAAACUGGGGAGGAUUCACGGCCGUUCCGGGCACCUGUCUACUCUGUGUGACUGUGUCUGUCCUGUCGUCGCGGGCCGCAGCCUCGGCUUCCCAGUUCCCACACCCCACGCGGCCACCCACCCCACCCGCACCCGGCGCCUCGCUUCUUUAUUCCGCUCCGCUCAGCCCGCCCGCCAGAGCAUCACAUGCCAUUGCCAACCUCUCACUGCUCGUACCGCCUCUCCACUCCACCUGCUGCCCCUGCGCCCUGACCGCGAGGGGAGGGCGCUGAGCUACCAAGGAAGCCAACCGGCGCGGACCGGGUCGGUCAACGCUUGCUGUGCACCCGACCGAGGAAGCUAGGAGGAUCGAGCACGGACAUGUUGGCCUCGGCGUCGGUGCCGGCCGUCUAGGAAAAGCUCGCCCGCAGAGGUAAUGGAUGGGCGGAGGAGGGGCGGCGGAGCUAUGGCGUGGCUGCUGCUGCUUCUCGCCUCGCUGUGCACCGGCGCGUGCGGGCUCAAUGCGGACGGGGUGCUGCUCAUGUCCUUCAAGAACACGGUCACCGCGGACCCGCUGGGCGCGCUGGCCGGCUGGAGCUACAGCGACGCCGCGCCGUGCGCCUGGAACGGCGUCAUCUGCAACGGCUUCCCGCAGGACGACACCGCGCCGGCGGCGGCGAACGUGACCUCGGCCUCCGCCGACGGCAACGGCACCGCGACGGUCGCGCGCAACGCCACCGGAGCAACCGCGGCGGCCGGCCUCGGCGCGUCGCUGGCGGCGGCCACGGUGUCGCGGGUCAUCAGCCUCGUCCUACCCAACGCGCAGCUCUCGGGGACGCUGCCGCCCGACCUCGGCCGCGUCGAGCACCUGCGCCACCUCGACCUCUCCGGGAACGGCCUCAGCGGCAGCCUGCCGCCUACGCUGCUCAACGCCACCGAGCUCCGCGUCCUCUCGCUCGCCGGGAACGCGCUGUCAGGCGAGCUCCCGGACGCGGCGGCGGCCUAUGCGCGCGGCCUGCAGCAGCUCAACCUCUCGGGCAACGCGCUCGCGGGCCGCCUCCCCGCCGCGCUGUGCAGGCUGCCGAGCCUCCUUGCGCUGGGGCUCGCCAGCAACCACCUCGCCGGUGAGCUCCCCGUCGGAGGCCUCGGGACGUUGGAGCUUGUUGACCUGAGCGACAACGACUUCAACGGCUCGCUCCCGUCGGACUUCGGUGGGACCGCACUCCGCCUCCUCAACGUUUCGUCCAACAAGCUCGCCGGCGCUGUGCCGACCGAGCUGGCCGCCGUCGUCCCCGCGAACGCGACGGUGGACCUGUCGCGGAACAACUUCACCGGCGCGAUCCCACAGGCCGGCCCGUUUGCCGCGCAGCCGGCGGCGGCGUACGAGGGCAACCCGAACCUGUGCGGGCCGCCGCUGAAGCAGGCGUGCUCGAUCCCGUCGUCGCUGUCGAAGCCUCCCAACGCCACCGACUCGCCGCCGGCGUUCGCGGCCAUCCCCAAGAACCCCGCUCGCGCCCCGCCGCAAGCCCAGGGGCAGCCGCCGAGCGAGCAGGAUAAGCUUCGUCCCGCGUCCAUUGUGGCCAUCGUCGUCGGGGACAUCGCCGGCGUCGGCCUCCUCUUCAUGCUGUUCAUGUACGCGUACCACGUCAGGAAGAAGAGGCGGCAGCGUCGGGAGCAGGACCCGACGCCGCCGCUGCACCUGCAGCAGAAGAGCGCGCGAGGUUUCGACGGCGGCGUAGUCAAGACGCUCGACAUCGCCGGAGGCAAAGAAGAGAAGGCGUCCACGUCGACGGGGUGCUGCAUUGGCCGUAGGAACGACAGCUCGGACAGCUCCGAGUACUCCGCGUCGUCGGACGGCGAGUCCUCCGACGAGGAGGGCCUCAAGAAGAGGGGAAGCUUCAUCGGCCGGAGCACCCCGCAGGAGCACGGCAGCAAGAAGCACAACCUGCCCCAGCAGCAGCAGCAGGCGCCCCCCGCGCCUGCGACGCUGGUGACGGUCGACGGCGACGGCGAGCUCGAGAUGGAGACGCUGCUCAAGGCGUCGGCCUACAUCCUCGGCGCCACGGGUUCCAGCAUCGUGUACAAGGCCGUGCUCGGCGACGGCACCGCGCUGGCCGUCCGGCGCAUCGGCGAGAGCGGCGGCGCCGAAAAGCUCAAGGACUUCGAGGCGCAGGUGCGCGCCGUCGCCCGGUUCCGCCAUCCCAACAUCCUCCGGCUGCGCGGCUUUUACUGGGGCGCCGACGAGAAGCUCCUCAUCCACGACUACGCCCCCAACGGCAGCCUUGCCAACAUCGCAUUCAGCAGGCGCUUCGGGUCGUCGUCGCCGCUGCACCUGAGCCUGGAGGCGCGGCUGCGGAUCGCGCGCGGCGUGGCGCGAGGGCUGGCGUACAUCCACGAGAAGAAGGGCGUGCACGGGAACCUGAAGCCGAGCAACAUCCUUCUGGGCGGCGACAUGGAGCCAUGGAUCGGGGACCUGGGCCUGGACCGGCUGGCGUCGGGCGAGGCGGCGCCGCACUACCGCGCGGGCGCGUCGGCGCGGCUGUUCGGGAGCAAGCGGUCGAUGCACUCGACGAGCAGCCUGCCGGACCUGUCACAGAUGCCCGGGCCGGGCGCGAGCCCGUGCGGGUCGGCGUCCGCGGCGGCCGCGGCCGCCAGCGCCGCCCCGGCGCCGUACCAGGCGCCCGAGUGCCUGAAGAACCUGCGGCCCACGGCCAAGUGGGACGUGUACGCCUUCGGCAUGGUGCUCCUGGAGCUGCUCUCCGGGCGGGUCUACUCGGAGGUGGAGCUGUGCCAGUGGCACGCGGGGCUGGUGGCCGCCGAGGAGCACGGCCGCGUGCUCCGGAUGGCCGACCCCACGCUCCGCGGCGAGGCCGACGGCCGGGAGGACGCGCUGCUGGCGUGCUUCAGGCUCGCCUUCGCGUGCUGCGCCAUGGCGCCCGGCAAGCGGCCCUCCAUGAGGGACGCCGCCAUGGUGCUCGAGCGAACGGCGGCGGCGGCGGCGCCCGGCGCCGCCGCGAGCAGCAGCGGCGCCGCUGUGCCCUGAGGGGGAAAAAACAACUGACCUUGUAGCGCUUGGAGCCGUUACUGAUCGCAAUAAUCUUACUGCAAGUGCACGGACGGUGGUGGCGGCGUCGGCGUUGAUCGCCGGUGGCGAGCUUGUGUGGUAGGGCGUGUACGUAGAUCUGUUACUGAUUUUGGAGGUGCUGCGAGAAUUAAUUAACCUACUAAUCAUCUGUGUUUGUGAUUGUGGAUUUGAAAGCGAUGCAUAUUCCUUUUUUUUC